AUGGCUGCAUGGCUGACUCGGAGUCUAGUGCAAAGGAAUGGCAGCUGGCUGCUGCCAUUCCCUAUUGCCAUGGCCCGGGUGUGCUCCAGGGGUUCUGGAAGCACUUCCUCUUCCCAGAAGGGCCUCUCUGCCUUCCAGGACAAGCCUCGGACACUGGAGGACCUACCACAUGUCAGCUUCUUGGAGCUGAUUUACAGAUUGGUGCUUCAGGGUUUCUACAGCCGUAUACAUGAGUUACAGAUCUAUGAGAAACAGCUAUAUGGGCCUAUAUACAGAGAUGGACUUAACUCAGUGUCCUUGAACACCCCAAAGCUGCAGGAGGAACUCAUGAGAAAUGAGGAUAAGUUCCCUUGCCGAGGAGACAUGUCCCUGUGGAAGGAGUAUCGCGACAUGAGAGGAUUCGGCUAUGGACCUUUCACAGUGGAUGGGGAGAAGUGGUACAACUUGAGGGUGAUGCUGAACAAGCGUUUGCUGCACCCGAAGGACUCUGCACAAUAUGGUGGGGUAAUCAAUGAUGUGGUCACAGACUUAACUAAGAGGAUCUACUAUCUGCGCCAGGGCAGCCCAACAGGAGAUCUGGUGACCAAUAUGGCCAGUGAGCUCUAUCGAUUCUCACUAGAGGGUAUUGCCUGCAUUCUGUUUGAGACAAGGCUUGGGUGUCUGGAUAAGAAAAUUCCUGCAGGUACACAAGACUUCAUCAACGCCAUAAAUCAGAUGUUCUCGAACAACAUGGCUGUGGCUUUGAUGCCCAAGUGGAGCCGCUAUCUACUGCCCUACUGGGGACGCUACAUCGCCGGCUGGGAGGGCAUCUUCAGCUUUUCUAAAGAGUUGAUUGACAAGAAGAUGGAGGACAUUCAGCGAUGUGUUGAAAACAACCAGGAUGUGGAGGGCGAAUACCUAACAUACCUCCUCUCAAACACUCAGAUGAGCAUUAAGGAUGUGUACGGCAGCAUCGCUGAGCUUCUGUUAGCAGGAGUGGACUCGACAUCCAAUAGCCUCACUUGGACAUUGUACCUGCUGUCCAGGAACCUAGAAGUCCAGGACAGACUUUAUAAAGAAGUGUCCACAUUUGUACCAGCAGACUGUAUCCCCUCUGCUGCUGAGAUCACUCGAAUGCCAUAUUUAGGGGCUGUUAUCAAGGAAACACUGAGGAUUUACCCUGUGGUUACUGUGAAUGCAAGGAUCAUUCAAGAAAAGAAUGUUGUUAUUGGUGGAUACCAAUUUCCAAAGAAAACUCCUUUCACGCUUUGUCAGUAUGCCAUCAGUCAUGAUGAGGACACUUUCCCAGAACCAUUCACAUUUAAGCCAGAGAGAUGGCUCCGUGAUGGUCAUAAGAGGCCACACCCGUUUGGCUCCCUCCCGUUUGGAUUCGGGGUGAGAGGCUGUGUCGGUCGGCAGAUUGCUAAACUUGAGAUGUAUAUGGUUCUCUUUCGGCUAAUCAGGCUGUUUGAAAUCAGACCAGACCCCACAAUGGGAGAGUUGAAAUCCAUCAGCCGCACUGUUCUGAUACCAGACCGACCAGUAAACCUACACUUGGUGGAGAGACGAUGUGAAAACGCUGCUUGAUUUGUGUUUGCAGAUUGG